AUGGCUGUACGAGGCACCGUUCCUCCUCCGGAUUACUAUCCCUUUGACAUCGCCUUAUCUGCCCAGCCACCUGAAGAUCUGCAGGGUUUUUAUAAAGGAAACCAACACAUGCUGAGCAGAUCUGGCUCUUAUUAUGGCCUGGCCACAGGAGGGGUCAGGUCUGCUUGGGAUCAAGGGCAAGCUAGGGCGACUACUCCUGCGCCUACUCCUGGCCCUCCUCCUCCACCCCCUCCACCUCCUCCCCCGCCCUCAGCUCAUGAGAUCAGCCGUUUGUACAGGGAUUCUCUGGCCGUCAGGAUGAUCCCAGACAGUCAGCGUAUUCGCAGUAGAGCUGCCUCACCUGCUUGCUUUGGCAUCGAGUCUGCCGUGUCCAGAUAUUCGGCCGAACAGGCCCCUCUAGGUGCCCAUUCCAUUUACGGCAACGUCAACGGUCUUCCUCAGGAUUCCUGUCAGCCGCCCUCCACCUGUAUCGUGGUGGACCCCACGGCUUCGGUCAUGGAUGGAACGCUUCCUCGAGGAACUCAGGCUUAUGGCUCUGUAGCAACGCAGAGGAUGCCCUAUGACCCCACUUAUGAUCCGAGCACAGGUGUGGUGCCUGCUGUGCCAGCUCCACUGACCGCCGGGAUGCCCACCCAUCACCCUUCUGCAGCCGCUACUGUAGACCCAAAGAGAACCGUGGAUCCAGGGUUUCUGGCUCUCCUGCGCUCUGAGGGUCUGUCAGAAAGCGCCAUAACCCUUCUUCUCCAGCAAGGUUUUGAUUCAACUGCCAUGCUUGCCAUGAUGGAAGACCAUGAUGUCCGUGCUGUGGCACCAAACCUGGGGCAGGCACGUGUGUUGUCUCGAGUGGUUUUUAAUUGUAAGACAGGUGCGGCAGGUGCCACAGCCAUGCGAGGUCGUUCUAACAGCUUCAGCCACCGUAGUGACCUCUACAUGCAGCCUCAGGCCCUUGGCAUGGACGCCCAUAUCAUACAACAGCCUCCCAACGACCUGCAGUCCGUCUCCCCCAGAAUGGGAGAGUUUAUGGGUCGCCGGCCAAGCAGCGCUCCUUCUCAGCAUCUGCUCGAAACCACAACGUACCCUGCGGUUCGCUCGCUCAGAGGUCUUCCAGCCAGUCCGGGCGGUUAUAGCACUGCGCUACCGCAAACGCGACCCCUGUCCAUGUACAAUACACACAGUGGCCUCACCAUGUCCGGUUUGCCAGCUCAACAGCAGCCCACCAGCCUCGGGGCAGCACCCAAGACCUUCUCCAGCAAUUACACGCCCAUGGAGCUGAUGAAGCGCCCACCAAACCUGCCUCCUCUUUCUCCGGCUCAAAGCCCCCAUCACAGCCCUCAGUUACUGCGGAAAGGAGCGUCUGUGGAGUCUGCUGUCCUUCCGGCAUCUUCUGCUCAUCAGCCUCAAACCAUUAAUCCAAACAACAAGCAGACCCGUCGAACCGGACCGCCCGUCAUCGUAUCAACCAUGGCUUCUCCCGAAACAAGUAUCAGGCCUCAGAUCAUGAACGGUCCUCUUCAUCCUCGUCCUCUGAUCGCUCUGUUGGACGGUCGUGACUGUACGGUUGAGAUGCCCAUACUGAAAGAUCUGGCCACUGUAGCGUUCUGUGAUGCCCAGUCCACACAAGAGAUACAUGAGAAGGUGUUAAAUGAAGCUGUCGGCGCUCUGUUGUAUCACACUAUCACACUCACACGAGAAGAUCUGGAGAAGUUUAAAGCUCUGAGAAUUAUUAUACGCAUCGGCAGUGGAUAUGAUAAUAUAGACAUUAAAGCUGCUGGAGAGCUCGGUAUUGCGGUGUGUAAUAUUCCAUCUGCAGCAGUGGAGGAAACGGCCGACUCGACUCUGUGUCACAUUCUGAAUCUGUACCGGAGGAACACGUGGCUGUAUCAGGCACUGCGAGAGGGAACACGCGUUCAGAGCGUCGAGCAGAUCCGUGAGGUGGCAUCAGGAGCCGCGCGCAUCCGCGGAGAAACACUCGGACUUAUUGGCUUCGGUCGGUCGGGUCAGGCGGUCGCUGUGAGGGCAAAAGUGUUCGGCUUCAACGUGAUCUUUUACGACCCAUACCUGCAGGACGGACUGGAGCGAUCGCUGGGCGUUCAGCGCGUGUACACACUGCAGGAUCUGCUGUACCAGAGCGACUGUGUGUCUCUACACUGUAACCUUAAUGAACAUAAUCAUCACCUCAUUAACGACUUCACCAUUAAACAGAUGCGUCAGGGUGCGUUCCUGGUGAACACCGCACGGGGAGGUCUGGUGGAUGAGAAAGCUCUCGCUCAGGCACUGAAGGAGGGCAGAAUACGAGGAGCAGCUCUCGACGUUCAUGAGACUGAACCGUUCAGUUUUGCACAGGGUCCUCUUAAAGAUGCUCCUAAUCUCAUCUGUACUCCACACACGGCCUGGUACAGUGAACAAGCGUCUCUAGAGAUGAGAGAAGCUGCAGCUACAGAGAUACGCAGAGCCAUCACAGGUCGUAUUCCAGACAGUUUGAGGAACUGUGUUAAUAAAGAGUUCUUCGUGACGUCGGGCCCGUGGGGUGUGAUGGAGCAGCAGGGCGUUCAUCCUGAGCUCAACGGCGCCACCUACAGGUUCCCAUCAGGUGUGGCUGGAGUGGCACCAGGGGGCGUUCCAGCAGGUUUGGAGGGUCUGGUGCCAGUACCGCAGUCAAUGCCCUCGGGCAACCAGCCGUCACAGACACCGUCCCCAAACCAGCCCUCGAAACAUGGAGAGACCAGAAGCCACCUGACAGAGCAAUAGUAUUAGCAUCAUAACACAAACCCAGAGAACUGUGAUCCAAGAUGAACUUGUUUUAGGGAUAUCUCUGCCUCUUUUAUUUGAUGAUUUUCCUUUUUGCUGUUUUGGAGGGAGCUGAUGUUUUAUUCAUGCGAUUGCAGCACAGAGGCUCCGCCCCUCCACUGUCAUUGGAAUAGAAACUUGCCAUGCUGAUGGACCACACCCACUUUAUUUUCCUGUUAGUUUGAAGUGUUUUUUCUUUCAUCUCUUAAGUGUGAAUAAUUUAGUUUAAAAACAGUUUUCAAAAAUAAUAAACAUAUACUGACUGCCAGCAGGUGAACUACAGUGACCUGCUCCAGGCCACGCCCACUGAUCCAUCCAUCACAGUGAUUGACAGCUUAGUGCUCUUCUUUGAUUGGCCAAGGAAUAUUAUACCAAACAAAACAUUUCUCACGAGUGCGUAUCAAGUGUGUGUGUUUUAUUUGCAUACCUGUUCAGCAAACUGUGAUGUCUAUAGAUGUAGACUUUAAAUAUUGUUCUCUUCUGGUUCAGCAGAUGAUGUUUAAAUGAAGCUCAUUUCUUAUUUUAUACUGUUGAGUUUUUGGUUCUGUCUCCGCUGCUCAUCCACAACAGCUUCAUUCUGCUAUAUGACUCAGGAAAAUCACACAGUCACUAUCCCCCCACCUAACCCUGACCCUAACCCUGACCCUAACCUGACUCAAAAGUGAGAUCAUCUGUAUAUAUAUCCUGUGCAGUCCUGUUUCACUCAUGUUAGUAUUUUUAUAAGGCAACACAUGGUCUCAUGGUGUUGUGGUUUCUGAACAUUUAAAAAUGAAAGUUUUUGCAAGUCUGGUAGGUUUUUAUUGGCUAGAUAAAUGUUACCGUGAACAACAUAUUCGUGUGUGUGACCCUCCCAUGUUUUGUGUCCUUUAUUUGGUUUGUUCUGUUGAAUGUGUUUGUCAGAAAGAAACUCAGUUGGGAGGUUUGUUUGUUUCAUUAGUGUUUAUUUGUAUUUGAAUGAACAUUUAGUAUUCAGUACACUUCAAAUAAAAUGUGCAGUUUUGAGGUUCA